AGCAGCCCGGACUCUCGUUGUUUAACAGCAUUUCCCUGCCAGGAAUCGUCAAAAAUACUUUGUAGGAUUCAUUUAAGUUCCACUCUUUUGUAGACAUAUAAUACCAAAACGACAUUUCGUUUGCAGAUAUUUUGUUAAGCGUGAGUUGAAAAACUUUGGAAUACAGUUUUCGGAGGUGAGGCGACUUCGUUUCAUCGCGAGCGAAACGUUUUGGGAUAUAAGGACCAACGUUACCCAGAACUACCGCAUAGGCGGCCCGCACGUAGUUCCCUCGGAUUAGGUUCACGUUCGCGAGGUGAGAUAGAAGAAGGUCGUCGCAAAGUAAAUCAGGGAAACGGUGAAACAAAACAUCUUAACUCCAUUUAGGAAUUCUUUUUUUCAGCUCCUUUUGAUUUUUUUCCUCUUUUUUGGGGGGGGCGACGCACGUUCUUUCUUUCUUUUUUUUCUCUCUCUCUUUUGCAACAAAAAAAAUGCGCAAACUUGUUAGGCAAACGUUGAUAGCGUGGAGUUAGUGAGUUAAUUGACGGGCAGCACAUUGACGUCUGGAUCUACUUUUAUUCGGGAAGUUUCUCUGCAUCCACUCGGCUCCGGAGUCUUCCUCAUCGGACCAACACUGGCUGCUUCACAGCCCCCCGCCAGUAAGUUCAGCACUGUGAAUGACCCACUGCUGAUGCCCCAACGGCCUGAAUGGAGUUCCAGUUGCAGAAAAUCCAACGGUUGUAGCUCCCUCAGCAGGAUGCUGAUGAGGCCAAGUAUACUUCUGUGUCUGGUUUUAUUUUCCCAAGUUCUGAGGACCCAGUGCCGGCCUGCCAACACUGACGAAGUCUCUGUGGAAACGCAAGCGGAGCUGUACACUCUCUAUCUUGGGGAUCGUCUGGAUCUGAGUUGCUCUGCCAAGGACUCCCUCAAUGCUGUCAACUGGACCAAAGACCAUGUGGCAGUGGUGGAUGGAGAACACACGCACAUCCGCAGCGGACAGCUGGCGAUCGAGACGGUGGAGCUGACGGACUCUGGUCUGUACACAUGCACCACCUUCGGCAACCACAGCGUCUACUUCAACGUCACAGUUGAUACCCUGGCCUCAUCUGAGGAUGAUGAUGAAGAUGAAGAGUCUUCAUCAGAGGAAGCCAAACUGUUAGGCAGCCAAAAACUGCUGCCAAUGGCUCCACAAUGGGCUCAUCCAGAAAAAAUGGAGAAAAAGCUUCACGCUGUCCCAGCCAGUAAGACGGUAAAGUUUCGAUGUCAGGCCAGCGGCAACCCAACACCCACCCUGAAAUGGUACAAGAAUGGCAAGGAGUUCAAGAGAGACCAUCGCAUUGGAGGGUUCAAGGUCCGUGACCAUGUCUGGACCAUCAUCAUGGAGUCUGUAGUACCCUCUGACAAGGGAAACUAUACCUGUGUGGUGGAAAACCAGUACGGCAGCAUCAACCACACCUACCAGCUCGAUGUAGUCGAGCGUUCUCCCCACAGGCCAAUCCUGCAGGCUGGCCUGCCAGCUAAUCGCACCGCGGUGGUGGGCAGCGAUGUGGAGUUUGAGUGCAAGGUGUUCAGUGACCCUCAGCCUCACAUCCAGUGGCUGAAGCACAUUGAGCUCAAUGGAAGCCGAGUUGGUCCUGAUGGGUUACCGUAUGUCCGUGUCCUCAAGCAUUCUGGGGUCAAUAGCUCGGACGCUCAGGUGCUGACCCUCUACAAUGUGACUGAGGAGGAGAGCGGAGAGUAUAUAUGUAAAGUGUCCAAUUAUAUAGGAGAGGCCAAUCAGUCGGCCUGGCUGACUGUCACCAGAUAUGAGCCCACAGGUAACCACCACGCAGCAGUACAGGGGCGACACAGUGGAGGCGCUUCUAGGACCACCUGGAAAAACUAGGGCCGUAUAACUCGAGACAACCUCAGCUGUUUCUCUCCUCCCUCCCUCCAUUUCUCCCUCCCUCUCGCUUGCCUCAGUGCUCCCGACUGUAAAUGACGCUAUGGAAAAUUCCCAGCAGAACAGUUGAAAGUGUUUAGUCUCAGGUUUAUGUUGGACCUGUUCUCAUUCCUGCCCCAUGCCUGUGCCCUCCUAAUAAGGGCCUCUCUUGCCAUCUUC